AUGCGUGCUUUUAUGGUAUUUGCGGCAAUUUUUGCUUUAACCCAAGCUAAUACUCUUGGUUACAACUAUGAUCACAGUAAAGUCAACAGCAAUAUCAACAACACACCCUUUACAAAUGUUGAAAUACAAAAAGAAUUCUACACAUAUUCUGCUCCCGACAAUGAAUUCAAUGAGGUUCCAAAUUUUGCCGAUCUGACAAAAACGCGUAAAAAUAAUUUACGAGUUAUUUUCAUACGAGCUCCCGAAAAUAAUGGUCUAACAAAUGCCAUUACUAACUUGAUUAGAAGUAGAGUUGAGAGUAAAACGGCCAUUUAUGUUCUCACCAAACAAACAGAUAUUGGCAGCUUGUCUCAGCAAUUACAAAAUCUUAAUACACAAAAUCUCAACAAACCCGAAGUACACUUUGUAAAAUACCGCACCCAACAAGAUGCCCUCAAUGCCCAACGAGCUAUACAACAGCAAUAUGAAACUUUAGGCGGUAAGACUCAAGUUCACAAUGGUGGUGUUGCACCAGUCCUGAACUUUGCUAGUAAGGAACCGGUGCGCCAGUCAUUCUCUUACACAAGUCAACCCAGUAAUUCGUAUAUACCAUCUAAACCAGCAAAUAUUUAUUUGCCAAAAGCUUAA